AUGGUAGGUCAUUUUCUGUGCCCUCGUAGGGCGUUCAUUUGACUGCUUGAUGACGUUUUCAGGUGUUUGAUGAUGUUCUUCUGGUCUCUGCAGGCACCGAAGAAGGACAAGGCUCCUCCCCCAUCGUCGAAGCCCGCCAAGUCAGGCGGUGGCGGCAAGCAGAAGAAGAAGGUCCUGAUGUUUUAGCUCAAGUGAUUCACAUCUCGUAAUCGACUAUUGGUGUUUUUGCGCCUCGUUCUCAAUCAGUGAAUCUUUCACGGAUGCAGAAGUGGAGCAAGGGGAAGCAAAAGGAGAAGGUGAACAAUUCUGUGCUGUUCGAUCAGGCAACCUACGACAAGAUGCUUACCGAAGUCCCCAAGUUCAAGCAGAUCACCCCGUCCGUGCUGUCGGAGAGAUUGAGGGUACGAUUUCUGGCGCACUCGUGCCGUCCAUCCUCAUCUACUUUUUUGAACCCCUUCUUCGUCCUCUUACGUUCUGCAAGUGUUCAUCUGUGAACGGUGAGAUGACACCCGCACCGUUCACGUUCCCUCUGUUUGCUUCCCAUGGAAUACGUUUUGAGGGAUAUAUCAGUAGAUCUGAAGGCUCACGUCUGGUUGUGCAUUGAUUAUCUCGUUUUCAUGCGAAGCAUCUCGUCUGAGAUGGCGCAACCCUUUGGCUCAGUAUCGGCCCAAUCCAGCUACGAUGAUAAACAUAUCGAAAUCCGUGCCUUCGUAUAAUCAGUUUACUUUGAUGUUCACAGUUUCUGAUUUUUCCGAAGUCAAUAAUUUAUAUAUAUAUAUGGUGAGAGAGGACAUGCUCCGAGAUUCAUAGGCGCCUGCUGAAUAACAUAAAUAUUUUGGAAAAACAAUGCUCAGACUUGAGAGAUUUUAAGAUCCGGUGAAUGAUUAAUUGAGAAGAUGGCUGUCAAUCGCCUUAUAGAACAUUUAUGAUUCUGCCAUGAAAUAUUUUUUUAUUUUUUUAAAAGUUUAUUGCUUAUCACAUGCUGGGAAAUAAAAAACCCUUCUUGACACCCACUGAUUCAGCUUCUAUCUCAGAUGGUCAAACCAUGUGGCGCCAUUGCAAGAUUUGUGAUAUGAUUUUCUAUUGCUGACUUAUAUCUACGGGAAUUAUUCUUGGCUUCGUUUGACUUUCUAACUGAUAGCUAUUCUUCCGGGUUGAUGUUUCUUCUCACCCACUCAUUCAGCUUCUAUAUCAGAAGGUCAAACCAUGUGGAACCAUUGCAAGAUUUUGUGAUAUGAUUUUCUCUCUGACUUACAUCUAUCGGGAAUUAUUAUUGUCUUCGUCUGACUUUCUAACUGGUAGCUAUUGUUCCUGGUUGCUGUUUCUUGACAUCCACUUAUUUAGCUUCUAUCUCAGAAGGUCAAACCAUGUGGAGCCAUUGCAAGAAUUGUGAUAUGAUUUUCUAUCGCUGACUUAUAUCUAUCGAGAAUUAUUCUUGGCUUCGUUUGACUUUCUAACUGGUAGCUAUUUUUCCGGGUUGGUGUUUCAGAUCAGUGGAUCACUGGCGCGGAGGGCCAUAAAGGAUCUUAUGGCGAGGGGGUCGAUCAGGAUGGUGGCCGCACACGCCUCACAGCAGAUCUACACCAGAGCCACGAACACCUAG